CUUCUUCUGGCUGCUUUGAAGCGCAAAUUUGGAUAUUCCCCGCUGUAUCAGCUUGUGUUUGUGUUGGAGGCACAGGCCUCAGCCAUCCAAGGCCACCUCUUUCUGUGGACAAUUUCGAUUUUGCAUAUCACGUUGGUGCAUUAUGGUACGUUGAAUGAAUUUUGCAUGCGCUGA